CAGCGAAAAUAGAGAGAGAAAAAUAACACCCCCAACAGGUGCCAAAAAUAACGAGAAUGCCACUUUAUCUCGUUUCGUCUCCCGCCGCCGCCGCCGGCGCUCGCGCGUCCCCUCACAGCCGCCGCGGCUCCCUCCUCCGCUCGCCCCACCAGCACUGCCGCCGCGUAUUCUUAUCGUAUUCGUCCGGUGCGGAGCGUUCUGAGGGGCGCUCCAUGGCGGCGGCGGAGGCCGGCGCGUCGACGGCGAUGGAGGCGAAGUUGAGCGCAACAGGAGUCAAGCAAGCACUGAUAUCAUUGUCAGAUAAAACACGCUUGGGGUUUUCUAUUAUUUCCACUGGUGGUACAGCAUCAAGCUUGGAAGCAGCUGGAGUUAAAGUUACAAAAGUUGAAGAAAUUACACAUUUUCCUGAAAUGCUUGAUGGAAGAGUAAAAACAUUGCAUCCAAGUAUACAUGGUGGUAUUCUUGCGCGAAGAGACCAGGAGCACCAUCUGAAAGCAUUGAACGAGCAUGGCAUUGGGACAUUUGAUGUGGUUGUAGUGAACUUGUACCCAUUCUAUGAUAAGGUCACCUCAGGUGCAAUAUCUUUUGAGGAUGGCAUCGAAAAUAUUGAUAUUGGUGGGCCUACGUUGAUCCGAGCUGCAGCCAAGAAUCAUAAGGAUGUUCUUGUCAUUGUUGAUCAUAAAGAUUACCCUGCUCUACUGGAAUAUCUACAAGGAAAGCAAGAUGACCCGCAUUUCCGCAGGACACUAGCAUGGAAAGCUUUCCAGCAUGUUGCUUCUUAUGAUUCAGCGGUCUCAGAGUGGUUGUGGAAGCAAUCAAAUGAAGGAGAUACAUUUCCUCCAAGCUUUACUGUGCCCCUCUCACUGAAGUCUACGCUUCGCUAUGGUGAAAAUCCCCAUCAAAAGGCUGCCUUUUAUGGUGACAAGAGUCUUUCUCUAGUCAAUGCUGGUGGUAUUGCUACAGCAAUUCAGCACCAUGGAAAGGAAAUGUCUUACAACAAUUACUUGGAUGCGGAUGCCGCAUGGAACUGUGUGUCAGAGUUUGAGAGUCCUACUUGUGUUGUGGUUAAGCACACAAAUCCGUGCGGAGUAGCCUCCCGACAGGACAUCCUUGAAGCAUACAGGUUGGCUGUAAAGGCAGACCCUGUUAGCGCGUUUGGCGGCAUAGUUGCUUUCAAUACGACAAUCGACGAGAAUCUUGCAAGGGAAAUCCGUGAAUUCAGGAGUCCCACAGACGGCCAGACACGAAUGUUCUACGAGAUUGUUGUCGCACCCGGAUAUACAGAGAAGGGCCUUGAGGUCCUCAAAGGGAAAUCAAAGACGCUGAGAAUACUCGAGGCAAAGAGGAGUGGGAAGGGGAUGCUGUCACUCAGGCAGGUCAACGGUGGCUGGCUGGCUCAAGAGUCAGACGAUCUGACCCCCGAAGACAUCUCCUUCACAAAAAUGUCCGAGAGGGCCCCGGAGGAUGGUGAACUCUCGGACGCCAAAUUCGCAUGGCUCUGCGUGAAGCACGUCAAGAGCAACGCCAUUGUGAUCGCCAAGAAUAACUGCAUGCUAGGCAUGGGAAGUGGCCAGCCGAACAGGCUGGAGAGCCUGAGGAUUGCUUUCAGGAAGGCAGGAGAGGAGGCCAAGGGAGCCGCUUUGGCCAGCGAUGCCUUCUUCCCGUUUGCUUGGAGCGACGCCGUGGAGGAGGCGUGCCAGAACGGGGUCGGGGUGAUCGCGGAGCCCGGGGGCAGCAUCAGGGACCAGGACGCCGUGGACUGCUGCAACAAGUACGGCGUGUCUCUCCUCUUCACCGGCGUCAGGCACUUCAGGCACUGAGAGCAGAUAUAGAGGAACCCACCUCGACGCAGCCUGCAAUAAAGCUUAGCUGCUCACGAGGGAGGGCAUGCUUUUGUUUUUGGGUAGAGGAGAUUUUAAUCUAAAUCUGUGCGUUCUGGAUCGAAACAUGAGCCAAAUUCUGAUAAUUGCCCGAGCAAUUCAGCUAUUGUUUGCAACCAUGGGUCUGAGUAAGGAGACGCUGUUGAUGCUUCUUCCCUUUCAGAUGUAACAGCUGUCCAUUGUACGUACAGUAUGAUACUGCGACAGUGGUUGAGCUUAAUUCUUGCAAUAAUCUCUGCCACGGAGGUCUGUUCUUGG